AGCCUUCGCUAGGCAUGAAAUAGGGUUUGCAACUUAACUUUGCAUGGUAUAUCUGGCUUUUUUCGUUGUAGCUUGGAUACAUCAGAAAGACAAAAUAUGUCUCACGUCGGGAAGGUUGAAGCAGAUGUUCACCUUAAUGCUUCUGCUGACAAGUUCCAUGAAAUCUUCAGCAGCAAUCCUCAUCACAUCGCCAAUUUCACUCCCAGUAAAAUCAAGGGCGUGAGUAAGCAUCAAGGUGAUUUUGGCAAAGUUGGCUCCAUCAUCGUCUGGAACUACGUUCAUGAUGGGAAGCAGUGUGUGGCGAAGGAUGUGAUUGAAGCGGUGGAUCCAGCAAAGAACCUCGUCACUUUCAGGGUGAUAGAGGGAGAUGUACUACAGCAUUACAAGAGCUUCAAAGCGACGAUUCAAGUGAAUCCAAAGGCAAAGGGAAGUGUGGCCCGCUGGACUCUCGAGUAUGAGAAGCUGCAUGGGGAAGUUCCAGAUCCUCUCUCUCUGACUCAGUUUCUGACAGAAAUGAGCAGAGAGAUUGAUGCAAGCCUCACGCAGGGACAGGGACAUGAAGAACAGUUAUUGGGGAUGGUGGAAGUUGAUGUUCACAUUGAUGCUUCUGCGGACAAGUUUCAUGAACUGUUCAGUAGCAGGCCCCACCACAUCCCCAAUAUUUCUCCUGGCAACAUUCGAGAUGUUGUUCUUGAAGGAAGCUUGGGCAAGGUCGGUUCUAUCAUUACCUGGCAUUAUGUCCUUGAAGGGAAAAACUGUGUGGCUAAGGAUGUGAUUGAGGUGGUAGAUGCGGAGAAGAAUUUGGUGAUUAUGAGAGUGAUGGAGGGAGAUAUUCUGAAGGAUUGCAAGAGAAUGCAAAAAUCGGUGCAGGCAAUUCCGAAGGAUAAAGGGAGUGUGGUGCGCGUUACGCUUGAAUAUGAAAAGCUGAAAGGUCACGUUCCUGACCCUCACUCUCUCACACAGAUGAUGGCUCAAGUUGCCAAACACAUAGGCUCUCAUCUUGCCCAGUAGUACCAUCUUUGAAGCCUAUCAGUGUCAUGGGAUUUGAAUAUUCUUCAAAUCCCAGAGUCCAUCGUGACUUGAUCUGUUGUUCUGUGUUAUAUAUAUGAGCUCCAUAUAUAUGAAUAAAAACAGCUUCAUUCAGUUGUUGUAAUUAAUACUCGUGGUGCUUAUGCAUUGCGAGAUCAGUUGCAUGCAGCUGUUCUUAUGUAAGAUAUAGUAAGAUUUGGGAUCAUGGUUGAAUGAGUAAGUUUUAUGUUGGGUGUUAUGAAAGUUCA